AUGGCAACACCUACCUUUGAUGAAAGAGGUUUAAUGCUUGAUGGAAAGUUAUAUGAUAGUACAGUUCCAGAGUUAGCUCGUGAAAGAGAAUCUUGUUGUGAGAAGAUUAUUGAUUUUAAUUGUGAAAGAAAUGCACAAAAGAGAUUAGAAAUGCUGAAGGAUAUUGUUGGAAAUCUUGGAGAAAAUAGUUGUAUACUUCCUCCAUUUCGUUGUGACUAUGGUAAAUACAUUUCUGUUGGUCAUGAUACAUUUGUUAAUUAUAACCUAACAGUAUUAGAUGCUAACUACGUUAAAAUAGGUAAUCAUGUCUUGAUUGGUCCUAAUGUCCAACUUAUUGCAGCUACUCAUCCAACUGACCCCCUCAUUAGAAAUUCUCUGGUUGAAUAUGGACUUCCUAUUGUAAUUAAAGAUGGUGCUUGGAUUGGUGCAGGUGCAACUAUUCUUCCAGGAAUUACAAUUGGAGAAAACUCCGUUGUAGGUGCUGCUUCUGUAGUUACUCGUGACGUUCCAGAUAAUACAAUUGUUGCUGGUAAUCCUGCAAGAGUUAUCAGAAAAGUUUCAGAACAUCCAGGGUGGACAAGAGAACAGCGAGAUGUUCCAUUGAACUAA